GCGGUAAAUAUUCUACUCCUUUUGGGAAAAAGUUAUUUGAAUGUCGGUUUAUAAAACGUGAAUGCAAAUGAGAUGACUAUAUUGCUGCGCUUCUAUAGCAACAAAACGCACAAAGGUCACCGACGCCAAUCUGAUACAAACUUGUCUUUGGAAUUUGGAUCAGUUUUCGUUCAUUGAGAGAUUAACAUUUUUUCAAGAUGUGUUAAACUUUCUCAAAUCAAAACUGAUCCUUGGUUUACUCACAGUCUCGUGUUGUUCAGUAGGUGUUACAUCUAAGACUAAGCAAGCUGUGUGACCCAAUCGUAUGAGGUUAAUCUGUACAAGUGGACAGCAGACCGAUUCUAAAUGAAUACGAAGCAUACGUCGGUUGGUGUUGAACGAAGUCUGGUAAACUUCGGAUCAAAUAGUCGAAGGUAAGAAGAUUAAACUCUUGUUUAUGUAUAUAAAACAUACGCACUAUAUGAAAUAUAUGCAUUGACUGUCAUUGGGAAUGGUACUAUACUGGAAUACAAAUGAAAGUCAUCGACCACAGUCUGCCAGCUGUCAAGAAAGAAUUUUCUUAAGUCGGUCAGUACGGUAUGUCUGGUACGUACUCUUAUUCCACAUUACAUGCCGGUCCGGUAUAACCAAUCCUGUCAAAGCUAGUUUGAAAUCCCGGCCGACAGGUUAUAGAUAUAUAUUAAUGCACCAAUUCAAAACAGGUAACAUACUUUGGGAAUUCGAUUGAUAUAAUGCAGUACCUUGAGGCGAUCUGCACGGAUACAUGAUCAAACUACAAUCUUGGCCAAAAGUUCGUAGAACGACUGAACGUUUGCGACGUUAGUUUUCCCGUAAAUGUAUUUUUGUUAUAUUUUAUAAGUGUUUGGCAACCUCCCCUGGGCCCGCCUUUCAAUUCUGUCUCGGUCACAGUACGGUUGUGUUCGAUUUCCAGCUAUUACGGUUAUGUAAAACAACAUUGAAUGAGGGAAGCGAGGAGGAAGUGAUAUAUAUGUCAUACGAAAAAAAAGCAUCUGUCGUUCUACGGUUUUUGGCCAAGAUUUUAAGCAUAAGGAUGUAUAUUGACCGUCAAUCGUCAUGUUUUAGAAUUUAGAAUAACCAAAAAGCGUAAAGUUUACUGUGAAAAUCCUAAAAACUGUAGAGCUGCAACAACGAGGGGGACAAGCCUGCUUCGUGUUCUCUUAAUAUUAUUCAGAAACAGAAAGUAUAGAUCGAAAAUAGUAACAAUAUAUAACAAUGUAAAAUUAUAAUACUAUAAUACUAAACGAUCAUGUUUCCACAUGGUCUAAUUUAAUGAACGGUGCCUAUACUAUUGAAACAUUCUAGAUUUUGGUAGUCUUAAUCGAUAGAACAUGAAGUAUGAUGAAUAGUCGAAAUCUCCAUCAGUAACAUUCCGCCCUUUCACAUUCCCGUCUAGCUAUUAAUAUUGAGACCCUACUCACCGUGAGAUCUAAAAUCCUAUAAUUUGUUAUAGACUGUUAAUUAAGUUUGUUUCCUUGAUCUUCAGCCAGAUCAUCAGAUUAAGCACGAUCAAGUAGGAUUUCAAACUACAAAUACAAUCAAUUUUUAUCUUUUUGUUUUAAAAGAAAAUAUUUUAGCUCAAAAUUUAAUGGCAUGCCAAAAUCGUAGUUUUGUUGGUGUUUUCGGCGAAAGAUCGUUAAUUGGUUUUAUAUGCAUUACUGAAAACGCAAAGAAGGAUGAAGUUUUGUUGAUGGUGAAAUAAUUCUCAACAGCCUAACCGGUUCCAGUUUUGAUAAGAGGAAGUUGUAUUUCCUAAGACUUGAUUUAGGAUCUAAAACGUUUCAUCUAGCUCAAGUUUUCUUCCACACAAAAUACCGUACCCUGUAAUUUGCUUUACACUUUUUCUCUCACCAAGACGGUCGAACUUCUUCGUGGUCAUUGUAUUCUGUCGAGUGACAUGUAGAACUUUAAUUAUAUUUUGUUGAAAGGUGGCUGGAAUCUAACAAAAUAGAUUAUCGUACAAGUGCUCAAAAAAUAUUUGUUUUCUAGAUCUUAUGAACACACUUUUAUACCUCAAAGUUGGAAUUCAUUUCAAAGAUUGAGACAACACAAUGUUAAUAAUAAUAAUACCAAAAACAUAACUACAAGAGGAGGGGCAAACGACAGGACUAGUAAAUUUGUCAAUCAACCAACACCAUCGAGUAAAGGUAUAAAGAAUGAAUGUUGUGUAUGUUUGUAGAUGAUAAAUAUAAUUGUUUUUGCGCAAGACAUCCCAUCGUUUAUUUGUAUGGUAAGCCGAUUCGUGUGCCCGGAUCUUCAUCAGUGAUUCAGUUGAUAUUGAUCAGAUGAGAUCGUCAACAUUAUUAUUUGCGGCUGAUGAAGGUCCAGACUUGCGGACCUAAAAUCGAAAGCCUUGGCCCUUGCGACAUAUCGUCUUCCGGUGUUCGUAGCAAAGCUGCAAACUACUAUUAUUGUAAUAUAGUUGUACAAAAGCUAUUUCAGUUUAUAAAAAUCAAUAUUUGUGGGGUUCCACAAGGUUCAAUUCCUGGGCCAACAUCUUUCGAAUAAAUGAUUUGAUAUGAGCGAAGCUUCUCAGCAUGCAGAAUUCAUUGCAAAUUAAUAAUAUCUAAGUGAAUAUAUGCUGCAUGAAUUCUGCUGUUCAUUUGGACAGCAGGGGGCAGUUAGACAUUUUUUUUCAGUUAUUGAAAGCUGGAUUAGCUUAACCCUAGGUUAACCUGAAAUUCAAAGCAAAACUUCCUGACAGCUUGUUUAUAUAAAUUAGGAAAUAUUUCUUCAGAAAUCUUGUCUGGAUCAGUAAGAGUUUUCUUCUCUGAAGUUUUGAAAUAAACAGACGUGUAGAAAUACACAAACUAAAACAGCAGGUUAAAUUUUAAACGAGAGUUAGCGCUUAUCCAGCCUUAAACAACCUGCCCAAAAAGUGUUGGCCCAUUAUCAUUGUAUUGCCUAGCUGCAUGUGUGUUUUGUGAUGAAAAUAAUUGUUUUGUUUCUUGUGGGUGCAAAUAAUAUGAUUAAGAUCUGGACUUAGAGAUUGAAACACGAAUUCAGUGUUUUUCACAACCCAAAAUAAAAUAAUUAUCUUUCUUUUAUUCUCUACAUAAAAUUGGUCGUGCAAGGUACUAAGUUUCUUAGCAGUAUUCAUUGGGAACAUAAAAAAAUAAAUAAUAUAUAUUGGCAUGUUCAAAUUAUUUCUGUUGCUUUACAGACACCAUCAAAGUGUCUUUGGUGACAAGGAACGACUCGAGUCAGUGUUCAAAACCUCCUCAUUCAAAAGCGGCGACUGAACGGAAACCUAGUUCGCACUACUCGGUAAAAAACGACCGGCACUGGGCAAGAACCUGGGCAAACCAUCGUGCACAUCAGGCCGUGCUCACGCGAAACCAGUCUAGCGAAAAGUCGAGAGAACGAUCAAAAAGUUGCGAAACACAAAGUACGCAUAGAACGUUAACAAUGAACGUGCCACGUAGAUCAUUAAGCAUUCGCUCGCGAAAUAUUGAAUUAGAUCCCAAGGCAGCGGAGGUGUUUAGUAGGUUGAGAUCGAUUUAUGUGAACGAGGAGGAGAGAAAUCGUAGAUUACAGUGUAUUCGCGAGAGAAUGAACGAAUUUCAAAAGACAUCUAUCAAAAAAGAAGUGAACAAGAGUAUUCACGAAUUUAAUAAAAAAGUAAAAGAAGACGAACAGAAUCGCAAAGAACUUAGAAGAGUCCGAGAAAAGUUCAUAGAAACUAAGAAACAACGCCUUAGGCACAUGCAUGUUUCGAGGAAUGCUCUUGAAGUUCCUGCCGUUUCAAGACUUGCUUACGGACUGCCUAAAGAGGGGAAGGAAUUUUCCGUGCCUCUUUCAUCGAAGAAAACAACGGAUGAGAUAAAGAAUUUAUGGCGGAUGGCAUUUAUAAGGAAACAAUGUAUAGAUAGUUUUAUCAAUAAAGUUUCAAAAAUGCAACCAGAGCUACCAGGUGUUACGGUAAAGUCAAGAUUAAAAGCGCCAAGUUUAACGAGUGACUUCUCAUCACGACCAGAACAUCUUCACGUAAUACAACCAAAGAAAGAUCAUUUGGAAGGUAGGUAGAUGUUAAGUAAGUACGGUGAGAGAUGCAGUUAGCCCCGUUCUAAAGUUUGCCACUAGAGAGUUUGGCAAAUACAACGGCAACGUGCUCAUCAACAAUAGCAUCUUUACUCUAAGACAAAGGUGACUAUAAAUUGUAUUCCUUGAGCAUUCUAGUACAUCAUAGUUGUUCAAGUAGAGUUGUGGAUGGUUCGUCUGUUCUUCGAGGGUUUCUACCGGAUCCUUUGGUUUUCCUCCCUCACCAGAAACCAACCCUUCCAUCAGACAUGGGUCGCACGAUCGUUAAAUAUCACCUUUUUUUUCAGAAAUAGAAGAAUCUAAGAGAAGAUCUGAGAUGAACAGUCUUGCAAAACUACAGACAGGAAUAUUAGGUAUACAUACAUAAUUUGAUAUAAUAAGUGAAAAAGGUAAAGUCACCUCACGGCUGUAAUCAGUAACCUGGCCAUUUAAUUUGCUUCAAAGGGGAGUGGGGUGGAACCCUAGAGCGGUUUUAAAUCUGGAGUCUAUAACGUGGCAUUUGUUGCAUUCUGGGGAAGAUUUGUCUGAUUUGACAUACAGAAAUCAGGUCAUUUUGUUCACUUUGCAUUUCACGAGCCCGACACCUCCACCUAAGUUCUCCCACUCUGAUAAUUUUUCUUCGGAGGGGGGGGGGGCUUAGUCUGCUUCUGCAGGAGCCUAUAGUUCCUGUAGCCCCUUAUUUUGGCGCUCCUGUUAUCGAUUUAUAAAGUAGGGAAGGUCUAUAUGUAUUAGGUGGAAAUGAUGAUCAACGUAGCCAUAAACAAUAUUGUAAAAAACAUAUUCAAUUAAAGGCAAUGUUUUUGUUUUCUCAUAGACACAUUUGAAUCACUGAGCAGCGAUGAAGACGAUUACGAGAAAUGAAUAAAGCAACUGGAAACAACAAAUAAAGAGAAGAGCAUAGAAACUGCGUGUAUGGUGUAACAAAAUGUAAAUAAUUAUCGACUAAAUGAUAUAUUAUAAAAAUAAAAGUUCUCAAUCCGC